AUGUCUUCAAAUAUAUGGUCCGUUGGCAACACUGUUGGCAGUGGUAGUCAAACCGACACUACAGUUCCACAUUUGGCAGAGUUGUUUGAUUCAUCUACACUACCUGGCGGUGUCAUUUCCAUAGCAUGCGCCGCACAAGUCACCUACCUCGUAGGCUCUAAUGGAAUAGUUCACUCAUUGGGCUCUGGAUACAUUGGCAACAACAAGAAAUCAUCCUACUCAACGAUCACUCCAAUGCAGCCACUCCAGAGCGCCAAGGCCAAAUCGGUCGUUGCCAACACUCAUCAAAACAAGAACUUUGUCUUUGUCCUGAUGGAGGACGGUAGUCUGUUCACACUGGGCAACUCUGCUGACUUUAGAACAGGCCUGGGAACAGAGAUCGAUGUUCUCACGCCACGCUUUGUCGAUGGUUUUGACUCCCCAGUGCACCAGAUUGUUGCUGGUGUCACACACGCAGUUGCCGUCACUGCCAAGGGAAGCAUAUACAUGUGGGGCCGUCCCUUUGGUUACCAUGCCGAUGUGAUGCCAACGCCCACACGCCAACAUAGUUACGAAACAUUCUUUUCAGAGAAUGGCGAGAAGCUCCAACAGAUAUGUGCCGGUGAGUCCUUCACCCUAUUCCUUACGACAAGUGGCAACGUCUAUGGCCUGGGCGAACAAGACACCCACUGUCUGGGGCCAGUUCCAGAGGAGCCCCAAGCUAUCAAAGGAUGUCCUUUGCUUUUGCCAUUCGAGCAAAAUGGUACUAUCGUACAGAUGGCAUGUGGCAACAAUCACGUUGUCUGUUUGACAAAGUCAGGUCGAGUGAUAGUGUGGGGCAUGAACAAGAAUGGAGCACUUGGAAUAAGUGAUGGUUCAUACGAUCGUGUGCAAUCCAAACCAAUUGAAUUGCCCUCACUUCCAAAGUGUUCCUAUGUUCACUCUUCCUUCUACUCUUCAUUUGCCAUUGCAGAGAAUGGUGUAGUUUACGGAUGGGGAUUCAAUGUGAAUGGUAAUCUUGGAACUAAACACACCAGGAACUUGGAGUCACCUGAACCUGUCUUGGCACUCCCACCCAACGAUGCCUAUCAAGGUCAAACGACUCAUCACAUUGCAUCUGGAGAAUAUUAUUCGAUCUUUAUCACGUCCGCUUCAAAGAACCUAAUACCUGUUUUAGGACAGAUCACCUUGGCCUCUGCUACUGACCAGAGCAACUUGCCAUACCCUGAUUUGCCAGAGUGGAUGGAUGGUGAGGGUUAUGACGAGCCCAAGGUGUUGAGUACUGGAUCAAUAUAUGGUACUGGUAGUGAGGUGGAUCACUCGAUGGUAAUCUUCAGACCCACCAAGAACCUUGAAGGCAAAGGCAAGCCAGUCAGUGUGGCAGUUGGCAACAAGUGCUCCUACGUCGCCAUGGAAACAGGUGAGCUCUAUGUUUGGGGUACCGGUUACGCACUGGGACAAGGUACAGAGGGAGUAUGCAAAGACCCCACCAAGGUUUGGGAUCUUGAAGCCGUCAAGAUCGUCCAAUGCUAUGCAUCAGUGGACGAUGUGGCCUUUGCAAUCACCGAGAAAGGUUCAGUUUAUGGAUGGGGUCGAUGUGCCAAGUAUCUUCACGGCACUGGACAGGAUUACGAUGCCAUCCAUCCUAGAAUGCUAGAGGGAUUCAAAGCACCAAUUAAGAAACUGUCGAUCAGUUCAACGCAUGUCAUGGCACUGGAUCGACAUGGUGCUGUGUUCCUUUGGGGCACUGGCAAGGCACUUGGUAACAGGAAUAGGUCAUCCAUCGAGAAGGACCCCAAGAAGCUGCAGGACCAGACAUUCUUUGCAAUCGACAUUGCCGCCGGAGAGAAUGUCUCAUUCAUGCUGAACGAUGCUGGCCAAAUACUCAGCUGGGGUGAAGGUCUUCAAGGGCAACUAGGACAUGGCAGCAACAAGUUUGCCAGUUUGCCCACUGCAAUCAAGGAGAUUCCCGAACGAUUCAUCUCCAUCGCGGCGGGUCCAGACUUUUGUGGCGCUGUAUCAUCUGGAGGCAAUCUCUACAUGUGGGGCAACAAGGAGUCUGGUCUGCUUGACUUUAUGGACCCAUGUCACGACCAUAAGGCACGAUUCUACGACCGUCCUCAAAAGACACCCAAGUUCUCCUCGAGCAACUUGAUCUCACUUCAACUGUCGCCCUUCAAUUGUUUUGCCAUCAACGACAAGGGUGGUCUCUAUGGUUGGGGCGAACCACACAUUGGUAUAGGUACUGGAAUGACCAUCAAGUACCCCUCUAGGAUUGAGAGCACCCAACACUCUUCCGUUCACUACAUUCAAGCCUCUGACUGGCAAUGCCUUGCAUUGGCGAAACCAAAGUCAUCUUUGCCACCCAGUCUCGAGUCACCUCUCAAAGAGACUGCAACAAUGAUCUCUGCACCAACAUCACCGGUUGGCGUGGGCUCUAGCCUCAAUCUGAGCAAGGUCCGUUCAGAUUCAGCAAAUACAUCGUCGUCAGUGGCACUGGGCGACUCUGUGGAUGACAUCCUGCAACACGAAGACUUUCUAAAGACACUCACGGAUGAGGUCAAGUUCUGGGGACACGUGGAUCGUGAGAUUGACAUCGCCACCUGGUGUGGAAGGUUGCCAGAGAUCAAGGAGUUCCUGAAUAGAUCAGAGUCCUAUCACUACCCACCAGCCAUUGUCCAGUCGAUAGUGCACGCUCAAAAGGUGAUACCAGCUGGAGAGAAGGUGAUCAAGGCGUGGAUCAUGUACAGCAUCAACUUUAAGGACUACGAGAGCGAUCGCAUCAUUGUCAUCACCAAUGAGGCCAUUCAUCGCAUCAAGUACAAUUGGACCACCCUCUCUGUUGUACACAACAAGACCUUCCAACUUAAGAAUGUGUACAAGGUUAAGAUAGGACGAUUUGCCAACUGGAACCGCACCAUCACUUCAUCACUACGCAGCAAGGUCUAUGAGAAGCAGGUUGGAAUUCAAAUAUGGUUCCAGAACCCCUCAACAUGGAAACCUCCAUCAUUUUUGCAACCAUUUGCCAAGGUCAAGGCACCCUACAUUACCCUACGUCCGGCGGUCAACAUCAACUCUAGUUCAGCAGAUGACCAGGAUGUGAUUUGCCACGAGAUGGGAACGGCUCUGCAAUGUGCUAUCCACUCACUUCGCAACAAUGGCAAGCCCUUCACAUUGUUGCACAAGUUCUCCCGAGAGAGUCCUUCCAAGAACAAUGAUCAUCCACCGUUCCCUGUACGCAAAGUCGAUAGCCUUCAGCGAUAUUCUGGUAAUGGUGCUCUGGCUUUUGUUCACAACAAAUUUAUUGCCAAAACUGAGAAGGGUUUUGUUGAGCCAACUAAUAAAUAA